AUGAUCGGAGCAAGGUUAGCUGAUGCGAUAAAGAGAGAUUUGCAUUUGGAAGAUAUUGAAAGCACUUUCUGGUCUGAUUCAAUGGAUGUUCUACAUUGGAAAAAAAGAGAAGGCCCAUGGGCUACCUUUGUUGCUAAUAGAGUGGAGGAGAUAAGAAAACUAUCUUCUGUGGAAAAUUGGAGACAUGUACCUGGUAUUUCUAACCCAGCUGAUCUCCCAUCGAGAGGAUGUACAGUGAGGACCCUCAUCAAAAGUCAUUGGUGGGAAGGACCUGAUUGGAUCAAAAGGUCGAAAGAAGAUUGGCCAAAAUCUGCUCAUUUUCCAAAUAUGGAAGUGGUUAAUUCAGAAAAGAAGAAGACUAUUGUAACCGCUUCUGUUUUACAACUUGAGGAAAAGUAUUAUCAUCGAUUUUCAUCGUAUGUUAAAAUUGUCCGAAUUACAGCUUGGCUUUUAAGGUUUCUUAAGAAUCUGAAGAAUGGGAGAAAUCGAAGAACAGUAGGUCCAUUGAAUUAUGAUGAAAUCAAGAAGGCUGAACGUAUUUUGCUGAAACAAGUGCAGUUAGAAGCCUUUUAUGAUGAGAACGACAAAAGGUUAAAAUCUUUACAAGUUAUCAAAGACUCUGAGGGAAUUCUAAGAGUGAAAACCAGAAUAUUUUUUAGGGAAGACCAUAGAGAUUUUCGUCUACCCAUAAUUCUUCCUUCCGAUCAUCCUGUUGUCAUGACUCUCAUAAUGUAUGAACACGAACAUCAUGGACAUUCUGGAGUUCAAAUGCUUAUGUACCAUCUUAGGGAAAAUUACUGGAUUUUGAAGUCAAGAAAAGCUAUUAAAAAAGCUAUAAAGUCCUGCAUUAUUUGCAAUAGAUUUGAUGCAAAACCGGUUUUUGUUCAGGAGGGCCUAUUGCCUCAAGACCGUGUGGGAGAUGCUGAAACUUUCGAAAUCGUUGGAUUAGAUCUAGCUGGACCUGUCAUCCUUAAAGAAGAAAGAAAGGCUUGGAUUUUGAUCCUAACUUGCGCGGUUUACCGUGCAGUCCACCUCGAACUUUUAACUUCAGUAUCAACUGAAAAUUUCCUACUAGGUUUGAGGAGAUUUAUUGCACGAAGAGGUCGACCAUCUGUCAUCUAUUCAGAUAAUGGUACAAAUUUGAAAAGUGCUCAUCGUCUACUGAAGGAAGUUGAUUUCGAAAAACUGAAGAAUAUUGAAGAACUAAGUCCUAUUUCUUGGACUUUUAUACCUCCAAAUGCCCCCUGGUGGGGAGGAUUUUGGGAGAGACUUAUCGGCCUUAUGAAGCGCAUUUUAAGAAGAACUUUAAGAAAGACAUCUUUAAAUCAUGAAGAAAUGAACACAGUUCUUUGUGACUGUGAAAGAGUAAUGAAUUCAAGACCACUUACUUAUGUUUCGGAAGAUGCCGAAGAUUUGGAACCCCUUACUCCAGCAAUAUUCCUGCACAAUAUUAGAGAAACCGGUGUGCCUGAUUUAGACCUAAUUGAAGAAACUAAGUUUAAUAAAAGAUUGGCCUACCGAAACAGAAUCCAAAAGGAUCUAAGGAAACGUUUUCGAUCGGAAUACUUGGGACAAUUGCGAGAAAUACAAAAGAAAUUAUAUCCACUUGAAGUGAGCGAAAAUGAUAAACCUGUUGAACACAAUACUAAUUCUCCUCUAAUUUCAGGUGCUAAUAGACGAGAGACUUUUCCCAUCUCUUUAGAUAGGAAGACUUCCCUGAUAGAGCCCCCUGAUGGACUUCCACUUCCUUCUAAAGAAUCUGACUGUGGAACCGACAUGGAGCCGACGAUGGAUUCUUCGCCUCUCCUUCCGAAUGAAACUUCUCAUCCUGUCUUACCUGACGGAACUGAAAAAUUGGAACCAAGGCGAUCCCGUUAUGGACGAUUGCUGAGACCUGUCCAAAGACUAUGA